GGCCCCUCCGCAGGAAAUGCGCCCGUGGAACGCUCUACCCUCUUCGCAAUCAGUCGCCCCCGACCUCCCCAGCCUCGCGGGUGCCCGGAGGACCUGUUGUGCCGGGUCCGGAAUGCGCGUUUCGGUCCCUUUACCUUGAGGGCGUGGGGAGGGAAUGCGACUCUUUUCGCCCAGGGCCGUGGACUCGCGGCUUGUUGGCUCCUAAGUCAGGGCUUGAGGGGAUCGUCCGCCGAGGGGGUGGCUCCGCAGCCAGCCUACGCGAGUGCAUUCCCUCGCGGGGACCCGCCUUCCGAGGCCAGGAUGAGCGUUACCGGCCCCCUGACCUCCCGCAGAGCCACACGUUUGCUGGAGACUGAACCAUUGCAAGGAAGAGAUGAAGACGCAGUAGCCAGUGCUGACUACUCUAGCAUGCUCUCUGAGGAGGAAAAGGAAGAGUUAAAGGCAGAGUUAGUGCAGCUAGAAGACGAAAUUACAACACUACGACAAGUUUUGUCAGCGAAAGAAAGGCAUCUGGUUGAGAUAAAACAAAAACUCGGCAUGAACCUGAUGAAUGAAUUAAAACAGAACUUCAGCAAAAGCUGGCAUGACAUGCAGACUACCACUGCCUACAAGAAAACACAUGAAACCCUGAGUCACGCAGGGCAGAAGGCGACUGCAGCUUUCAGCAAUGUUGGGACGGCCAUCAGUAAGAAGUUCGGAGACAUGAGGUCUCACUCCAUUGGCUACUCCAUUCGCCAUUCCAUAAGUAUGCCUGCUAUGAGGAAUUCUCCUACUUUCAAAUCAUUUGAGGAGAGGGUUGAGACAACUGUCACAAGCCUCAAGACGAAAGUAGGCGGGAUGAACCCUAAUGGAGGCAGUUUUGAGGAGGUCCUCAGCUCCACGGCCCAUGCCAGCGCCCAGAACUUGUCAGGAGGCUCCCGGCGGACCAAGGAGGAGGAGCUGCAGUGCUAAGUCCGUCAGUGUGGCUGCAUCCAGAAACCAGCCACUGGCCAGCCCAUGUCUGCCUGUGCUUAUCCAGAUAAGAAGAUCAAAAUCCCGCUGGGGAAAACCCAGGCUUUGACGUUGUUAUUCAAAUGGCCCCUCCAGAAAGUUUAAUGAUUUCCAUUUGUAUCUGUGUUGAUGAUGGACCACUUGACCAUCACAUUUCAGUAUUCAUAGAUGAUUGUCAUCUUUUAAAAUGUUCCCACUUGAGCAGGUACACAACUGGUCAUAACUCUUGUCUGUGUAAUUUGAUGUAUAUUUUCCACACAUGUAGCUAUUGUUUGCUUUGAUUUCUGCUUGGCCUCCUUUAUGAUGUGCAUGUCCUUGAAGGCUGAGUGACAGUCCCUUUCAGUUCAGCAGAUCAACAGGAUGGAGCUCUUCAUGACUGUCUCCAGCAAUAGGAUGAUUUACUAUAAAUUUCAUCCAAAUACUUGUGAUCUCUCUCACCUACAUCGAUUAUGUAUGUUAAUUUCAGCAAUUAAAAUAAUUGAUUUUAAUGA